AUAAAUAGAAAUACCUAGCUCAAACAUGAAAUAUACUACUACUAAUAUAUCUAAUAGUAACAGCUAUAUUUGUUCUAGCACAAACUCAUUUCCAUCAGCAAUGGAUUGGUUCUCCUGGUUAUCCAAGACCAACCUAAAUCCUUCUCUAGUCUACGAGUAUGGUUUCACUUUUAACCGCAAUGAGCUUCAAUUACAAGACUCCAUUCACUUCAACCACGAGUUUCUUCAAAGCAUGGGAAUUUCAAUUGCCAAACACAGGUUAGAAAUUCUCAAGCUUGUCAACAAAGAAAACAGAGAAGUUCCAAAAAAUACCAAAAACCUUUCUGGGGUGUUCAAAAAGUGUCUAAAGAAGUGUCUUAGCAAGCUGAUUUUCCAUGAACAAGAAAAACAUGUAAAGAACAUGAACAUGAACAUGAUGUCAUUGCAAAAAGAGGAAAAUUGGUACCAAGGGAAAUGGAGAAGAGCAUUGAUGAGUGAGGAGCUCAAAGGAGAAAAGGGUAUGCAUAGAAACAGGAAAAUAGCAAUGUCAGGGCCUUUAGAUGGAAGAAUGCAUAAUGAGAAAAUGGUUAGCAUUAACAACAACAAGGUGUUGAAGUUUUCUGGUCCUCUUGAUAAUGCAAAAAUGGUUUACACAAAUAGAAGUCCUGUGAGAACUAGGCCUAUUGAUAGAAGGUAUAUGGAUACAAGGAGUCCAACAUUUUCUGGGCCAAUUGAUUCAAGAGAAUUGGUCAGUAAUAAAAGUCUAAGCCCAAUUGAUUAUCAAAGUCCCUACAAUAGGACAACAGAUGAUUCUGAUUUUGAGGAUUCUUUAUUGUGGCGUGCAUUGUUUGAAGAUCUUAAACCAACUUGAUUUUUUUAUAAGAAAAUGAUAGUAGCACGGAUCGAUCACACAUUGAACCUCUGACGCAACACUCUUUCGAUGUCUUUUUUCUAUAAACAAAUAUUAGUAAGUUAAGUUACUUCAUAGGUGUUCGAAUCUUAGACCUCUUUUGAGUUAUUUAUUUGAAGACAAACCAACAUGAUUUUUUGUGUGUUUUACAUAUUGGCAUGACACCAAUGUUUUCUUAUGCAAAAUGAUGGUUCCUACUAUGUUUCUUUUUUUCUUUCUAAUUUUCUCCGUCUACUUGAAUGUUUCCAUUAUGUUUUAAUGACUUUUCACAUGAUGUUUGGCAUGAA